AUGAGGCACUUCGCCAUCGCCGUCCCGUCCCUGUGGCAUCUGCUUCUCGUCUUCUUGCUCGUCGAGGCCGUCUGUUCGCUCGAGGUUACACCUGGCUCUGACUGUGCGGCGUUGUGCUUGGGCGGACCAAAUGGCACGGCAAUCGACACGGCGACAUCUGGGACAAACUCGUCAGAUAUUGUCUGCGAAAACGACCAGUACCAUUCAACAGGAAAAGGAAUCAAGUUUAGGAACUGCGUCAGCUGCAUGCAAAAAAGCCAGGCAGCCCAGGGAUCGCAGAGCGACGCCGCAUGGUUCCUCUAUAACAUCAGAUACACAGUAGAUGUCUGCCUCUUUGACUUUCCCGAGGCCAUUUCCAACAUCAACUCUCCAUGUAUCAUCAACAGCGCAUGCCGUCCUCUCAAGAAUGCCUUGACAGCCGGGCUCACCACGCCGGACGCGGACACGGCGUACGAUUAUUGCACCGCGGAUGCCGAUAGGUUUGCGAGCCCAAAUUGGUGGUCCUGUGUUCGGUGUCUGCAGUCAAGCGACAGCCAGAGCUACCUCUCUAACUUCUUGAUUGCUCUUAAAGCCGGCUGCCAGCAAAAACCCGCCAACGGCAGUCUCCUCGGCCUGACCGGCCAGCUUUUCUCCACCGAAGCCGUCAACAUCACCGAGUCGGCCACCAACACGACCAUGCCGGGAGAUGGCGGGGCCUCCGCCACAACCAUGACGCUCGGCACCAUCGUGGGCAUCGCCGUCGGCGGUGGCCUCGUUUUCGUCGGAGCCAUCUGCCUCUUCAUCAUCUACUGCCGCAAGCAGCGCAAGCAGAGGAUGCAGGACGAAGCCGGCCUCCCUCCCCGGCUCCCCCGGAGCCACGCCAGCUCCGUUACCGCCAUCAACAAGAGCCCUUACGCGCCCAUCACCGACCACAAGAAGUCGUCGUCCGUCAACUCAUACAACUACGAGCUGCAGGAGAAGCAGAACUUCAGCAGCAACGCCGACUACUACGACAGGCUCGAGCAGGACGUCCAGGUCGGCCGUGAGGCGGCGCACUACAACUUUGACCCCCACUCGGGCUUCCACGGCCCCAGCAGCGCCCUUCCCACGCACCCGGCCUAUAUCCCGCGCGCCAUGAGCCGCCAGUCGAACCGCGCCAACACCCCCUCGCCGCCGAACCCUCGAAGGACCAACACGCCGGAAUCGUACGCAUUGCAGACCUACCUCACGGCCGGUGAGGACCCGGGCACGGGUGGCAUCAGACCGCCACCGCAGGCUGCCGUUGCGUCGUCGUCGUCGACGUCGCGGACGCCAUCGCCCGCGAGGUCACACGGAUCGCGCGGCGACGGCGCAAACGCGCAGCCGAAGCUCGUGAACAUCCCUCCGCCGCCGCCGGGAGGACCGCCCCCGACGCACAAAAAGUCACGGAUUCCCUCCCUCUUACUCCCCUCAGUGCCGCGCAUCCGCGUGCCGAAGCAGUACCCCCCGCCCCAGAUCAUCGUCGAGGGCGCGACGCCUGUGGCGGGCCGCGGCGAGGCGGGCGGCGAUAUGCACAUCUCCCAGCCGCUCACCUUCCACGGGCAGAGGUUCCAGGACAGGCCGUUGGCCGGCCAUGCGAUCAUCUCCCAGGUGGCGGUCGCGAGAGAGGUCGACCCUCGUGAGUACGAGGGCGACAUGCCCAUCCGGAGCGGCAAGAGCACACUCUACGGAUAG